AUGAGCCAUUGUCACGAUGAGCACGAAUCGCAUGAACACGAUCAUGAUGGUCCAGAUCGCGGAACUGAAACUUCCUUAUACUCCUGUAUAGACCGUGACAAUAUUCGUUGUCUAAAUGAAAGUGCACCAGGUUCAGGAAAGAAUGUCAUAAAACCUUGGCACGAAAGAAAUGAUACAACUAAGGCUUAUAUCCUAACAAUAUUCUUUUUUAAUUGCACUUGCAAUAGUUUCACUGGUAGCGUUAAAUUAAAAUCAAUCUCAAUCAAAUCUGGUCCUGGAGACAGCUGCCCUUCAAAAAUGAAAGCGUAUAUUAACCGUGAAGAUAUUGAUUUUGACACCGUUGAUUCUUAUACUGCAACCCAGGAAUGGGAAUUAAUUUCUAGCCCAGAUAAUAUUGAAUAUAUUACAAGACCUCCCGUCACUGCCACCGUUACUCCCGUUAUUGCGAACCACACCGGCAAUUCUAGGGAUGUCUUUACUGUUGACGACUUGGAAUUUGGCCAGCACGAAACCUCGGCUGAAGAAUCAGCAUCAACUGUUCGUUUUACUGGUGUCAAUGUGGAAGCAACUACAGCAUUUGGUAUCGAU